AUGGAUGCUUUCGUUUCUCGAAAGAAACGAAAGACUGCGGCAUCAGAGGAAGUGACGCAGCCAGGAAUCCCUGAUGAACCCUGCAAAGUUCCGCCGCAUCCAGACCUCGCAGGCGAGGACUCAACAGAUGUCAAAUUAGCCAUCUUGAUGUCCCUUCACCCAGACGUCGAACAAGACUACAUUCUGGAUCUCCUCGUUUCAUGUGAUGGAUCGGUUGAGGUUGCGUCCUCGCUCCUCGCGUCACAACAAGCUGCAGGAAGUACAUCCAGCAAGAAGCGAGCAGCCCCCUCGUCUCUCGGGAUCCAGACAUCACUAUCGGCCCAUGUCUUGACAAAAUCAGAAGAUGGAUUCUUGCGAACUUUGGGUGGCAGCAUGGCUGGCCGGAAGCCUCUUACAACUAAAAAAGGACAAACAUUACAUCUCUAUGCGCCCGAGGACGUUGCUGUACACACGCCUUGCACGAUCAUACACAAUUUUCUACCUUCAGAAGAAGCCAACAAACUGCUCGUCGAGCUUCUCGAAGAAUCAGAACACUUCUCCAGAUAUGAAUUUCAGCUCUUCAACCGCACUGUACAAAGCCCACACACCGCAUGUGUAUACGUUUCUACACCCGAGGAGUACAGACAACAGACCUCCGAGUAUACCUAUGGCGGCACGUACCGAUCAAAUGUUCGACAAGUGACGCCAUACCUACGUUCCGUAUCGCGAAAAGUGCAACACAUCGUGAACGAAGAAAUCCAAAAACGCAUCCGUGAGAUAUAUCCCGAUGGGAAGAAACUCAAGUAUCAAUCGCCGAAGGAGUGGCGACCGAACGCAGCAUUUGUCAAUUGUUACGCUGGGCCUGCCGAGAGCGUGGGAUAUCACGCAGACGAGCUGACCUACCUCGGGCCACACCCAGUGAUAGGCAGUCUGAGCCUGGGUGUGGAACGAGAAUUUCGAGUCCGCCGGGUCGUCCCUCAAGAUGAGGAGGAAGAGGAUGGAGAUGGAAAGCUAAAUGGGAACGACCCCGAUUCGCGCUCUAAGCCGACCAACCCUAGGAAGGAUCAAAAGGCGGCGACAGAUGCCCGCGCUGAUGCCCAGGGGCAGAUCUCCAUCCAUCUUCCACACAACUCUCUUCUCAUCAUGCAUGCAGAGAUGCAAGAGGAGUGGAAGCAUGCAAUAACCCCUGCCCAAACGAUCUCUCCGCAUCCAAUUUCUGGUAAUCGUCGAAUCAACAUCACCUACCGCUGGUACCGGGAUACCCUGCAUCCGCGAUGCACGCCUCGUUGUCGAUGCGGUACACACGCGAUUCUGCGAUGCUCACAGCGGAAGCAAGAGAGUCGAGGGCGAUACAUGUGGAUGUGCUAUGCGGGCUUCGCACCGGGUAAACAAGGGUGCUCGUUCUUCCAAUGGGCCGAAUUCGACGACGAUGGCGAUCCUGUAUGGAACCACAAGCAGCGCGACGAUGCCGCGCCGACUCUGGCCAAUUUUUCAGCUUCGCAGUAG